UUUUCCUAGUUUUGAAAUUUAGAAACAUAACUUGUAGUCGUUACUGUAGCCCGUCUGUCAGCAUUGAAAUUAAAGUGUUAUAGGCAAAUUGAUGAAGUGAUAAAUCCAAGAACAAAAAUGGAAACAUGACAACAUGCAACGGGAGUUACGAAAUAAUAAAUUUAAACCAGAAUCCAUCCUCUUCGGCCAGCACAGCUUCAUCUUCGCGGCUAAGAACAGUCCGGGCCAAAUCCGGAUCACUCAGCUUUAUUUCCUCGAAAUAUGAGAGUUUGGAUUAUGACACUUGCGAGAACAAACUUCUGGUCGAUGAGGAGAGGACUCGCGGAUAUCCGUAUGUUAUACAGACUGAUGUUGCGAGAUGGUUUUUGUUCUUCCUGAUCGGACUAUUCACUGCUGCCAUCGGUGUGUUUGUGGAUAUCGCGAUCGCACAGAUAGCUGACUAUAAAUACUCUUAUCUUAGAAGCGUUAUGAACGAAUGUGUCGCCAACCAAUGUUUCUACAAGACCUACUUUGUGUGGCUCGGUCUUGUCAUGUUUCCUGUUAUGGUCGCUUCUAUUCUUGUUGUAUACGUAGAGCCGGCAGCGACGGGCAGUGGUGUCCCGAUCGUCAUCUCAUACCUCAACGGUGUGAAGAUGCCGCACGUUGUGGACGUGAGAGUGAUGCUGAUCAGAGUGUGCAGUACCAUAGCUACUUGCGUGGCCGGUCUGGCGGGGGGCAAGGAAGGUCCCAUGAUCCACACAGGAGCUAUUGUAGGAGGAUCUCUUGCCACUCUGAGAGUCCCAGGCUUCAGUUGUGCCGACUCGGUAUUUCACUUCUUCCGUGAGGAUCAUGAGAAGCGGGACUUUGUGGCCGGAGGAUCUGCCGCCGGGGUCGCUGCGGCAUUUGGGGCUCCCGUCGGAGGGGUCUUGCUCAGUCUGGAGGAGGGGACCAGUUUCUGGAGUCUGUCGCUCAUCUGGAAGAUAUUUCUGUCCUCGAUGGUCGCAACUUUCACUCUCAAUCUGUCCCUCAGCGCCUUCGAAGGACAUCCAGGUGGUAGUAUAAAGUAUAACAUGGUCAACAAUAAUCCAGACAGUUUUUUCCAAGGUCAGCUAACGCACCCGGGUCUCUUGUUCUUCGGCAAACUGAACGACUCCAUCACCAACUACGAGGUGUUCGAGUUGCCAAUCUUCAUAGGGAUGGGAGCUAUCGGUGGUGUGCUCGGAGCUGUGUUUGUAGCCAUCAACAUGCGGAUCACCACCUUCCGCAUGAAGUACAUCAAGGUGCGCUACCUUAAGCUGUGUGAAGCGAUGCUGGUGGCGUUCCUCACUGCGUCCGCUGGUGCCGCCUCUAUAUACUUCCUGGACGACUACUGCCAUGAGGACACGGAGGAGAGCCUCAAGUUCGCAGUGCAGGUGUUCUGUCCGAAGGGGACGUAUAACGAGUUGAGUUCCUUCUGGUUCCAGCGAGCUGAAGACACACUCCGCUCACUCUUUCACGAUCCUAAAGGGUCGUACAACGUGGUGCCGCUGAUAGUGUUCUUUGUCUUGUACUUCAUGAUGUCAGUGGUGACAACAGGCCUGAGCGUGUCCGCAGGCGUGUUCGUGCCUGCGCUGCUCUCUGGUGCGGCCUGGGGUCGACUCAUAGGCAUCGGCAUACAGAACUGCUUCCCAGAAUCGGCGUGGGCGGAGCCAGCCAAGUACGCAGUGAUAGGCGCGGCGGCUCAUCUCGGUGGCAUCUCGCGUAUCUCUAUCUCACUGACUGUGAUGAUGAUUGAGGCCACGGGCAACAUCACCUUCGGUCUGCCUCUCAUGUUGACCCUCAUCACCACCAAGUGGGUGGGAGAUCUGUUCACUGAGGGUGUGUAUGAGAUGCAGAUCUACCUGUUGGGAGUUCCGCUGCUGCCCUCUGCUCCCCCGCCUCUAUCAGCUGACAUCAAGGCUACGGAGGUGAUGUCUGCCCCCGCCGUCGUCUUCCCCGCCAAGGUCCGCGUCGGACGACUAAUCGACAUUCUGGAGAAUGUUCCCCACAACGGCUUCCCCAUUGUGGACAGUGCACAUACAUCUAGUCAGGGAGUGCUCAAGUCAGUCGGACGACUGAAAGGUCUCAUUCUUCGCUCUCAGCUAAUUGUCCUGUUGCGCAACAAAUGUUUCAACGAGACUCCGCCAUCGACCAGUGACGAGCUGCGGAAGAAACUACGGAUGUUCCGAGACGCUUACGCACAGAACCAGCAUGUUGAGCUGCAUGGUGGAUGGAUUGACAACGACGUGAAGAUCUCGGAGGCGGAGUAUGACCUGAUGCUGGACCUUCGACCCUACAUGAACCCUUCGCCCUACACUGUCAAAUAUAACGCCUCACUGCCGAGAAUAUUCCGAUUGUUUCGAGGCCUAGGGCUGAGACAUAUCGUCGUAGUGAAUGAUAUUAAUGAGGUGGUAGGCAUGGUGACCAGGAAGGACCUGGCCAGGUACCGUACAUGGCGCCACGCUGGCACCAUGGGCCUCAAGGAGCUUAGAGUAAGAGUAUGACAAGGGCUGCACAUCGGAGCUCCUCCCGACAACUGUUUGUCGUUCAGGGAACGACGUCGGGCUUCGUUCAGUCUGGAUAGCCAACAGUCGGACGAGAUGUAGCUCCGAGUGGAUCCGUAGCUCAGCAAUACAAGCAGUAGACGGUAGACGACGCGCGGCUCCCAUAGAACAGUGACCUGCCAGUCAAAUUAUCUUUUUUUGCAGUCCUUUUUUUGCUUCUAGCAAUCAGCCAUUGCUUCUUUUUAAUGCAAAGUAAUUUUUUUUUAACCUACACAAUCUACAUUCAAAAUGUUCAGAAUGUUUCUAUCGCAAAAUAAUGGAUAAACAAACUAA